AUUAUGUUUAGGUAAGUUAAUCAUUAUACUCUCUAGAUAACUAUCCUGAAAUGAUACAAAUGUAUACAAAAGGAUUUUCGAUUUAAUCGAACACAUAAUGGUUUCAUAUGUAAUAAUCAUUGUUAGUAUCGUAGUUUUUAAUUGUCUGCAUCAAGAAGUUACUUUAAAGUCGAUACGAACUCCAAAAACAUUGGUUAAAACAACAAGUGGAUGGAUUCUUGGAAAAGAGACAAGAACUGUGGAUUUGGGAAAACCUUACAUUUCAUUUUCAGGAAUUCCCUAUGGAGAACCACCAGUAGGAGAUUUGAGAUUUAGGGCUCCAGUUCCAGUUAAAUCUUGGAAUGGUAUCAAAAACGUGACAGAAACAGGAAAUUCUUGUGUACAGUUAACAUUCGGAGACGAAGACUGUUUGAAUCUAAAUAUAUAUGUUCCGCAGUUAGAUGAAACCGAAAUUGGACGAUUACCUGUAAUAGUAUACAUCCAUGGUGGAUUUUUCAUGUGUGGUGACGCUGGAUACAAAUUGCAAGCUCCUGAUUAUUUCCUCGAAGAAGACGUCAUAUUCGUUUCGAUUAACUACAGAGUAGAUAUUUUUGGCUUUUUGUCCACUGAAGAUGAGGUAGCUUACGGUAAUUGGGGUCUAAAAGAUCAAAUUCUAGCUCUAGAAUGGGUAAAAGAAAAUAUUGAAAAUUUCGGCGGUAACAAAUUUAAUAUAACUCUAAUGGGACAAAGUGCUGGUAGUGCGAGUGUACAUUACUUGCUACAAACUCCCAAAGCAAAAGGUCUUUUUCAUAGGGCUAUAAUGCUGAGUGGAACCACUCUGAACAGUUGGUCGUUUACUAGAUCUCCAAGAAGUUCGGCUUUCCUUAUAGGCAGCCUAGUAAGUGUCGAUACAGAAAAUUCCACGGCGCUUUUAAAGCAACUUAGAGAAAUUGAACCUCACACUUUGAGCAUUCUGUCAAUGGUUUUAAAUAUAUUGCUGAUAUUUAUUCAUGAUUGGAAAGAGGGUUUUCUUUUUUCUCCCUCAAGGGAACCUCCACAUGACGGAGCUGUAGUACUUGGUUACAAUCACGAAAAUUUAGAAAAUGGAGAUUUCAACAAAAUACCGAUAUUGAUGGGAUUUGUUUCACAAGAAGCCAUUAACUUUUACCCAGCAUUCAACGUAUUUCGCCCAUAUCUUCUCCAGUACGACUUAUUUAAAGAAAGACUGAUACCUGGCAGUAUGAACGUGGAUUCGUUAAAAAAGAAACAAGUGGCAGAUGAAAUUGAGCAAAAAUGUUUUGGUGACAGUCUCGUUGUUUCCAGUACCACAGAUUUGAUUCAGUUUAUAACCGAAGAUCAAUUUGCUAGACCAAUAAUGGAAUCAGCUCGAAUAAUGGCAAAUUUUACUCGACUCUAUUUAUACAGAUUUUCUUAUAUGGAUGAAGAAAAUGUAACUGACGGUACAGGUAUCAGAGUGGGUCAUGGGGACGAUUUGAAUUAUUUGUUUUAUUACGGUUAUACAAAUCAAUCUACUGGAGAUAUUUUGACAAGACAAAAAUUUGUGAAACUCUGCUCAAAUUUUGCCAAAACCUCAUACCCAAACUUAGAAGAUGUAUCUUGGCCUAUAUUUACUGAAAAUGGUACUUAUUUAGAUAUAGGGAAAAAUUUAACACUUCGGAAUGAUUUAGAUAGCUACAGAUUCCAUUGGUGGAGCUACUUAUAUAACACAUAUGGACAACGGCCGUUCAAUACUUAUUAAAAACAUAGAGAACAUCAUUAAGUAUUAAGCAAUUGUGCAUAACUAUAUUUUUCUGUUGGUGAAAGUAGAAAAUUUAGAUUUUUUGUAAACGUCUCAAAACACAAUUUAAAAAUUUUAGGAAGUAAAGUUUAAUUCAAAAAAAUGGUUUUAUUAAAUUGUUGAAAAAGAUUACAUUGUUUUAUAGACAUCUUCUGUAUUGUAUUUUUUCAAAUUUACUUAUUAAUAAACAUUAUAUUUGAAAAAAA